AUGUUGGACGACACUCGCGCCUUUAUAGCGGCGCAGCUCAAGGCUGCCAAACCCGCUUUCGUGUCAAAGACACCUCAUUUUAACUUCAUCACUGUUCACUAUUUUUGGAUUAUCUUUGCAACACUGCUCUCUUCCGUUCUCAUCUAUGCCGGUGGUAAGGGACAGCUUCACUUUAUAGAUGCUCUCAUGUUUGGUAGUGGUGCCAAUACCCAAGCUGGACUCAACCCUGUGGACGUCAACAACCUCAAUGGGUUCCAACAGUCUUGGAUCUACACCUUUUCGUUACUGUCCAACCCCAUCACACUGCAUACAUGCGUCGUGUUUCUCAGGCUGUACUGGUUCGAGAAGAGGUUUCAGCACUGGGUCCAGGAAGCUCGACUGCGUCGCCGAACUCUCAGCAAGUCCAAAUCAAAGGCACGAAAUGAUUUGAGCCAACUCGAAAAUGGUCAAGGUGUGAACGGGAGGCACAUCACUAUAGUGCCGCGGGGCGGCGAGAGAACGAACCGAAUCACCAAUGACGGCAUUCUCUUAGACAAGAUUCCAGAGGCCGAUCCCAAGCCCGUUGGCAGAAGCGAUGAAAGUGAUACGACGACAGUGUCCGACGACCUGCACAAGAGCGAUGAUCUAGAUGACAUCAGUCCUCUAGAUCAGCCCCAUCCACAAGGCAAUUCGCAGAACACCGAUCAGAAUAGCUCUGCAGCCGGCGGUCGACCAGAAAAUCAUCCACUUACAACAGCAAUCACGUUUGCCGACACCGUUAAGAGAAGUGACGGCGUUGGCAGCGACCCUACCAAGUUUCCUCAGCGGCGCUCCAAUGCCGAACACAUUGCCAUUCUGGAGAGGCAGCGAAACCAAGACAACGAAGUGCUCCGGAUUCCCGGGCCGCGGGAAACCGAAAGAGGCUUGGGCCCUCGACGCCUCGAAGAGGACGACCAGCAGGAGGAUGAGGAUAGGCCAAUUGGUCGCCAGACAACUGCCGAUUCUCGUAAUAGCGAGUCCAACAAUAUCCAUGGGCGACAGCCCACCAUCACCAUUGCUGAGCCCGAGCAUCACAGGCGAGACGAAAUCAAGGAAGAUGCUAGAGCCAUCGGUGGCACCCUGGAUGCUCUGAGGUUCCGGAAGCCGCGCAUGUUCAACCGGUCACAAGACAAGCUCCACGAAGACAACGAAUCCAGACACAGAUCGAGGACUCCGAAUCCGCGCCCGGUGCGAACUAAAACCAUGGACACGAUUCGCUCCGCCUUGACUCGAGAAAAAGUUGACGACAUGCCGUAUCUCAGCUAUACGCCCACCAUGGGACGCAAUUCAAACUUCCUCGGCCUCACCCUCGAACAGCGGGAGGAGCUUGGCGGUAUCGAGUAUCGGGCGCUUAGAACUCUAGCCAUUGUGCUGAUGGUCUAUUUCUUCGCCUUCCACGUCUUGGCCGUAGUCUGUCUGCUUCCCUACAUUCUUGCCAACCAGCAUUUCGGAAACAUCCUCAAGGAGGAUUCCAUAGGCAGGGUCUGGUGGGCGUUUUGGACCUCUAACAUGGCCUUUAUGGACGUGGGAUUUACUCUGACCCCAGACAGCAUGAAUUCUUUUGCUACCUCUGAAUGGGUUCUGAUGGCCAUGUGGUUUUUCAUCAUCAUUGGUAACACGGGAUUCCCCGUCAUGCUGCGCUUCAUGAUAUGGGUCGCUUCCAAGUUCACCUCGAGAGGCACUGGCCUUUGGGAAGAGUUUCGAUUCCUGCUUGACCAUCCGCGUCGAUGCUUUACGUUGCUUUUCCCGUCCAACGCAAACUGGUGGCUGUUUUGGAUUCUCGUCUUGCUCAACGUCAUAGAUCUUGUCUUCUUCAUCGUCCUCGAUCUUGGCGCAGAACCCAUCACCCAAUUCCCUCUCAGGAACCGCGUUGUCAUUGGCCUCUUCCAAGCUGCAUCGACCCGAACAGCCGGCUUUUCCGCCGUCAGCAUGUCUGACCUGCACCCUGCGAUGCCGGUUUUGUAUAUGAUAAUGAUGUAUAUAUCCGUCUUUCCCAUCGCCAUUUCGAUUCGACGAACCAACGUCUAUGAAGAGAGAUCUCUGGGCGUGUAUCAUGAUCGAAGCAACGACGAUGACUCCGAAGCAAGCGCUCUUGAUUAUGUCGGCACUCACUUGCGACGCCAGCUAUCUUUCGACUUGUGGUACGUGUUCUUAGGCUUUUUCCUUCUCGCCAUCACCGAGGGCGGCAAAAUUGUUGGGGGCCGCUUCGACUUGUUCGCCGUACUCUUCGAGAUUGUCAGUGCGUAUGGUACUGUCGGCCUCAGCAUGGGCGUACCCGGCGUCAAUGCGUCUCUCUGCUCCCAAUUCUCGGUUCCCGGGAAGCUUAUUAUCGUGGCUAUGCAAAUCCGUGGUCGACAUCGUGGAUUACCAUAUGGCCUUGACCGCGCUGUUAUCCUGCCCAGCGAAGCUCGCUUGAAGAGGGAACAAGAAGAGUCCGAGGCCGCCCUUGCCCGAACGAACACUGUCGUGUCCACCGGCGCCACCACAGGUCUGCAGCGCCAGGCGACUACUGGACGCAGCCGGAGCAGGAGUCGCGAGCGGGCCAACAGCAGCCUUAUAACACAAUUACUGCACCCUGGCCCUGUCGUUCCCCAGGAAGUCAUUCGUCCUAGGGGAAGAUCAGUCGAGGGACACCAAAGAAGUCGCUCAGUGGACGUUACCGGCGCGCUGCCAGAACCCUCGAGCGCCCACUUGCAACCUCGGAUAGAGGAAGACGACGAGCUGCGACAUAUGUCGAGCUACGAGUUCCCACACAAAGCGCGGCGGAUUGAAUCUUCUGCUUUUUAG